GGGAGCCGCAGGAGGAGUGAAGGCGGCCCCCACGGCGGAAAGAAGGUGGAGGGGGCGGGAAUCCCGGAGGCGCCGGCGGCACCGUGGGGACUCCCUGCCUCCGUCCCCCUCAGUGUCGGACACAGCUGGACGGCGGAGCAAGGAAGCGCCUGAUCUAGCUGAUGUGCGAGUAACACUGGGAAAAUUGGACCAUCGAACUAAACCACCCUGAAGAUCUAGUUAACCUGUCACCACCACUUGCCAGAGCAAAUAAGAACCUUUCUUGGGAAAACCCCUGGUCUCAUGAACGAAUCAACAGAUCUCGGGAAUGCCAGCAUUCUGGAGCCAGUUCUGCGGCUCAGGAAGGGACAUGUGCCCAAUCCUGCUGGGCAGGAAAACCACAAUAGUGAACAAUCCAGUAAGCAGGAGCACCUCUUAGAAGAGUCACCAACAUCUUCUGAAAAGGAAAAGAGUUAUGACAAUGAUGGGGGCAGCAGUUCAACUACAGAAGAUGAAGGGUUUAUGGGGAUGCUUCCUCUCCUUCAAGCCCACCAUGCUAUGGAGAGGAUGGAAGAGUUUGUAUGUAAGGUGUGGGAGGGCAGAUGGCGUGUAAUUCCCUUUGAUGUCUUGCCUGAUUGGCUAAAGGACAAUGACUACUUGCUUCAUGGGCACCGACCCCCCAUGCCCUCUUUCCGGGCAUGCUUCAAAAGCAUUUUCAGAAUACACACAGAGACUGGCAAUAUCUGGACGCACCUACUAGGUUGUGUGUUCUUUCUGUGCCUGGGAAUCUUUUAUAUGUUCCGGCCAAACAUGUCCUUUGUAGCACCUGUUCAAGAGAAGGUGGUGGUUGGAAUGUUCUUCUUAGGAGCCAUUCUCUGUCUCUCCUUCUCAUGGCUCUUCCACACAGUUUACUGCCAUUCAGAAGGAGUCUCAAGACUUUUCUCUAAGCUUGACUACUCUGGCAUUGCCCUCCUCAUUAUGGGCAGCUUUGUUCCAUGGCUGUACUACUCCUUUUACUGCAACCCUCAGCCCUGCUUCAUCUAUCUGAUUGUGAUCUGUGUCCUGGGCAUUGCAGCGAUUAUAGUUUCCCAGUGGGACAGGUUUGCAACCCCUGAGUAUCGAGGAGUACGAGCAGGAGUAUUUCUGGCUCUGGGCCUUAGUGGGGUCAUUCCCACGCUGCACUUUGUCAUCUCGGAAGGGCUCCUCAAGGCUGCCACAAUGGGGCAGAUAGGCUGGCUGGCACUCAUGGCCUGCCUCUAUAUCACUGGCGCUGCACUGUAUGCUGCUCGCAUCCCGGAGAGGUUCUUCCCGGGCAAGUGUGACAUCUGGUUUCACUCCCACCAGCUGUUCCAUGUAUUUGUAGUGGCUGGUGCAUUUGUGCACUUCCAUGGUGUUUCAAAUCUUCAGGAGUUCCGUUUCACAGUUGGGGGAGGCUGUUCGGAGAACGAGAUGCAGUAAAACUGGCCAUAUGUCAAGGACUGCAACCAAAACAGAACCAUAGGAGCAACCAGUCCACUCCUUGCCCAGGACGAAGUGGAAGCUUUGCAGGGAAUUUUAACUAUAACAUGGAAGAGAAAUUCAUACCUCAAGCAUUGGAGUUAAUUGAUUCCGAAGACCUGGAAGUUCUUAAAUCCUAACUUACUCCUGGGAUUUACAGCCUAAGCUACAGAAAGCCCUUACUUAAUCAGCUUCUGUUCAAUGCCAUAUUUAUUUGUAGAAACAAGAGGGGUUGUCAUGAGAAGGUGGCUUAGCAAUUUUUUUAAAAAUCUAGCUUAAUUGAAAUUUGUAUCUUGUUCAGGUAAGUUGAUUUUUAGAUGCUCUUUUGAGAGGAAAAAAUGUAAAUAAGAUUUCUAACUUUCUGUUUAAAAAAAUUUAUAUAAAUGUUUUAAAAUGGGGGGAGGGGUUUUGUAUAGAUUGCAACAUGCAAGUACCACACACUGUUUCAAUUUUGCACGAACUCUUUAAGUGCAAGAAGGCCAGGCAAAACCCCUGCAGAGUUGGGCGUCCGGGUCCUGCAGAUUCUUCCUAGUGCUGGUAUAUAUUGGACAGCUAGACCCAGUAGGCCCAGUCUGCACACAAGGGUUAAGAGUAAGCAGGUGCUUACUGCCUUGCUCAGCCCUUGUAAGUUAGAAGGUGAAGGCAGGGGCCAUUGUGCAGCUGAGCUCUGUUCCUUUUGCAGGGCAUGCCUUCCAAGCUCUCUGCCCUUUUGUGGAUGGGUUUUUUUAGGUGGUCUUUCUUUUGCCAGCCUUUUGCCCUGUUGGGAUUUGAUAGCCUAAGUCACAAUGUGGUAUGUAUCUUGACCUUUUGAGGUCUCUCUUCAGUGUUUCUCCAUUCAGUUGGGCCUGCCAUGCUCUUUAUCCGAGUGCAAUUGUUAGUGCUGGACACCUGCCUCCUAGGUGAGUUAGCAAGAGGCAGUGGUUUCAAGGGGGCAGGGAGGAACCCACAAGAAAGCAGCUUUGUGCUUGAGGAAAGAAGGCUGGCUGGCUAACUGAGAAUCCAUUCUGGAUUAUUUUAUGUGCUACUGCACUACAGUAACACUAAUGUUGCCUGUAUUAAAUCUACUGAACUCCACUUGGCUGUAAUGUAACACUGCCAUUCCUUCUUUCCCUUCUGGUAUAUAGGACAAUGCUGUGCAUUAUUUUCAAAAGUGGUGGGGAGGGAAACAGCCCACACAAUAUAUUUGGAUGCAACACAUUUUUCUUUCCUUGUUAAGAUAGUGCUUGGGGCCUGAGGGAAACUUGAUGGCUCUUUUAAUCUUCCUCAGAGAGCUCAUUACCUGGGGUAGUGGUACGUUAGGAGAAGGGAUAAUUUUUGCUAAGCAUAACACUCAGUUUGAGUGAGGGGAAAUAUAGUUCCUUCUUCCUGUUUAGGAUUGAUGAGGCAUGUUGGAUUUGGAAAGAAACUUUGGGAAAAAUGUAGAAUUUGUUUUUAUGCAGAGUAUUUCACACUGAUGGCAGUUAUUUUGUCCUAUAGGGAAUUAAAUACAAGUGUCAAAUGUUUUGUGGGAUGGUAGAUUUGCUCACGUUAAAAAGAAAUAUUUAUUAUGAGAAAAGAGCUUAGUCUCCCCCCCACACCGCUUUUCAGGAUUUGGUUCUUGAACUUUUACCCCUUGAAAACAGACUCUUAGAAGUGUUCAGACCUACAAGAGGUGCUUAAAUGGUACUUGUAGGCAAUUUCAUAUACCUGUGUUCUGGGUAGGAUCAUGAUGCUGAAUGCAGAAAGGCCAGAAUGUGUUUGGAUAAUACAGAACAGUAUUAAUUGAACCCCUUUAAUACAACAGGGAGCCCAAUAAUGAUUGAAACCUUCCCAGUGGUAGUUACAGCCAGUUAAUAGAGGGAUGACUUCCCUAGUAAGGGGAAGUGGUGAUACAUAUCGGACCUAGUCUACUUGUCUGAAAAGCAUGGGGGUGGGGGUGGGUGGCAGCAGUACUGUAUUUGUACCAGCAGAAGCUGCAUUGCCCUGGAUCAUCACAUGCUCACUCCCAAAAAGGGGCAACCUGGUCUCUCAGCACAGAAUCUGUACAGAAACACAAUGCUCCACUUGCUGUUCUUAACCCUCAUUGGUCUCUGUUUAGGACAUUUUGUGUCCCAGUAAGAAACUGCUUAGCUGUGCACUUUUCUGUGGUGCUUGCUGAGACUUCUUCCCAGGUUGGCACCUGAAUGCCUUAUUCUCAGCAAUCAGAGGUUUGCUUGCUUUCUCUUUGUGUGUGCAGGGUUUCAGCAUAGUGUAGUUGAGAUUUACAGCUUCUUUCCCCCCCAUUAACUAGUGGCCUUGUUCAGUAUUUUCUUUUUUAAAAUUGCUUACUAUUGGAGGCAACAAAGCACAUCUUGGACUUUGAAGAUUGGGAUCUCUGGGAAAUGGGAUCUCAUUACAUGUUGUAUUCUUAACUUUAAUAAAAAGAAUGAAUGGAA